CUUCAGCAUGACUCCCAACGCCACUGCUGCACCUGCCCUGUCUUAUGUGCCUCGCACCGUGGCCAUGAGGAAAGAGGCAAACGAACUGAGAAAAACCCUGAAACCUUUACUGGAGAAGAGACGCCGAGCGCGCAUCAAUGACAGCCUCAACCGAUUAAAAGCGCUCAUCCUCCCUCUUACCGGCAAAGAUAGCUCCCGUUAUUCUAAAUUGGAGAAAGCUGAUAUUUUGGAGAUGACUGUGAGAUUUCUCACUGAUGCUCAACCCGUCCAACCUAAAGACAGUACUGAUGGAUUUGAAGAGGGGUACCGCACCUGCCUGCAGCGCGUUUCUGCGCUCCUGCCGCAAACCAGCCUGGACACCGAGAAGCGCCAGUGCGUUAACGCGUUCAUUCAGCGCGCGAUGAAGCCCGCCAAACCAGCCUGUCAGAACUGCUGUGCGCAAAGCUCAAGAUUUAUGUCACAAAUACAAGAAAAACUGUUGAAUUUGAAAUCAUGCAGCUCGAGAAACAGCGACAAAAGCAAGGAUACGAUUCUCAUCCAACCUCAGCCUUCAUCAGUCAUGACCGAUGCUCAAGUAUGGAGACCUUGGUAGAUGCUUCCAUGCAAAUGACUUUUGUAUAAUUCAAGCAUGUUACAUCUGUGUAUAUUUACGGUCAGUCUGUAGAGUCUUGUAAAGUUUGAUGAAAUGUUACGAUACAACGAGUCGCAUAUAAGUAUUGUAUACUUGUUUUAUCCCAAUCCAGUGUAUAGUAGCGGAACGCACCCGUUCAGAUGGUUUUGUUUUCUUGGAUCCUGCGCGUAACGUGUACAUAACGCGGUUAGAUUUUUACUCCUUUCCGCGGGGUUUAAAUCGUCGGUGGCUCUUGAAAACGCCAAAGUAAAACCCCGAGGGUUGUUAAUUGUAAUACAUUUGCACUUCAGACUUCACUAUGUUGGGAUCAGUGCAGAUAAUUUAAAUGUAAGCACUUUGUGUUGUUCAAUAAUAUCUCUUUUGGGGGGAUGUGCUAUUAUUUAUUGUGUUA